AAUCACGUGACACGUCACGUGAUGGAGGAAAUGACGUCGAGCCACACACACCUCCGACAAAUGCAACCAGAGGGUGUCGAAUGAGAUAAAUCGUAUGCGACGAUGUGUAAUUAUUGAGAUUGCAAGAUCACUGCGCAGCAUCGGGCGGAGAUGGCGUUCCGCGACGCCAGUAAGAUCGAGGAGCUGCUGGAGCUGUACGAGGAGGAAGACCUGCUGUGGAACACCACCCAUGAACACUACUACCGUAAGGACAAGCGCAGACAGGCUCUCAAUAGGAUCAGCGCUAUGCUGGGCAUCAAUGCUGUUGAGAUCAACAAGAAGAUCACAAAUCUGAGGACAUACUAUAGCAAGGAGGUCAACAAGAUCAAGAGGUCAAAGGCCAAGGGAGCAAAGGGAGAUGACCUGUUUGUGUCCAAGUGGGAGCACUUCAAGACCAUGGACAGAUUUCUCUACCCCUUCAUCCAGGGCAGGAAACACAUGGAACUGUCAGAGGAGGAUGAUUCUGGGGAUUUAGAUGAUGACACAACAACCAAUGGGAACCAGUCUCUGAAGCUGGAGAACCCCGAAGCUCCACCCCAGGAUGACGCCACCAGCAACACCAGGAGUCUGAGGAAGAGGCGGUGUCCGGAUGAAGCUCUGGAAGAAUCGCCCAGAACACACGUAUCUAACAAAAACAGAUCACACCAGGUGUCUCAGAAACAUGCUGACAAUCAAUCUCCAGUGGACAUGUUCCCCGAGUCAAACUAUUGUAAUGAAUCUCCAUCUCAAACCAUGCCCUCAGCAAGUUCAGAAGAUCGGGAAGAUGUAUUUGGCAGACACGUCUCACAUGAACUUAGAUUGAUAACCGAUCUGAGGACCCGACAGUUAGUGAAGUUAAAAAUACAGAAUAUAUUAUUCGAGGGUCAGUUUGGGGGUUGUCAGUCUGCUGUGGGUUCCAGCACGUUUGCUGUCGCAGAUGGUGUAGAUAACUCAUUUCAGGUGCUGCCCUCUGUUGACGAGCACCAGAGACAGAUUAGGGCAGAUAACUUCCAUGAUCCAAAUUUUGAUGAGCAAAAUGCUGGGAAUGAAUAAAAUGACCCAAAUGCGAA